AUGACAGCUCAGAAACCGGGUUACGAGCCGUGUAGUCAAGAGAAUAUUUUUAGUAGUAUGAGUGAAGAAGGGAGUGAGAUCGAUAUAGACGAGAUCGAAACUUUUGUUGUGGGAGAAUAUAACUUUUCUGUUUGCCCGAUAUGUUUGGAACACUUUACUAUACACAACCCUGCCAUUAUUGUGCAUUGCGAGCAUGGCUUCCAUUUGCAGUGCCUGGAGUCUUGGCGGCAGCGGUCAGCAGUGUGCCCUGUCUGUCUGCAGCCUCUAGAUGGGGAUGAAGGCCGCUUAAUGGAGGCCCGAGACACUCGGCGACGGAGACGCUUUCGUGGGGUUUUCUCAUCUGAGGACACUCAGAUCCUAGGUGCGCACAACAAAGUCUAUGAGGGUGUAGAUACAGGUGAUAGUGGUGACCAUAGCGGAACAUGUAAGGGGGCUGAUGAUUCUACCUCUUUCGUGUGUAAUUCAGGGACCAUAGAAGAAAGAGAACCGCUAGCGCAGCAUGUGAGUAGAUUUAGACUCUGGAAAUGGCUUUCCGAUUGGUGUUCACGCGUUUAAAGUGGGGUUUUCUGCUAGUUUGCUUUUGCUUAUAUAAGAAUCAUCCUGUGCCGCACAGGCUUGUUACUAUAUAUAUAUUCCCAUCAGUUGUACCGCUCCCAAAUCGGUUCAACAGCUUAUUCUUCACUUUCUACAGGAUGUUUAUCUCUAUAAUGGAUAUUAAAAUAUAUGUAACAGUUUUUUAGUAUGUUUUUUUAUAGGAACUUGAAAUAGGAUCUUACACUCAACUUUAUAUAUGAUCUUGCCAAGAAAGUUUUUUUUUAAAAAUUAAUUGCUGAGCCACUACUUUAGUCUUGCUAUAAUUAUUUUAUAUCAAUAUUAUAAUUUUCAUGUUUUUUUUAUUAGUCUUCAAACAGGAACUACACUACAAGCUGGGGAAUUUUACAAAGGUGUUGUGAAAUACUCUAAAUGGUGCCUUUAUGAUUGCACUUACUGUAUUACUUGAUGAUACUGGUGGUUGUUCUUUUUCUAAUAUGUAAUUCUGCUGUUUUAUUUGGAUAUAUUGUCACACAUGAUAGCUGGAUUUUGUGUCGCACAUUGGAGAUAGGUGCAUGAAGUACACUAUUUUUUUUCUUCUAUGACCCAUGCAAUUAAUUGUUCUUGGAUAGUGUUUCAUGCAUCGCUUUAGAUUCCGAAAGCGUGUCCAUUAGAUUCAAACCAAAGUGAUUCUUGGCGACUGAUUUUACUCGGUUUAUUUAAAUAUUCACAAUGCUAGAGUAUGACUGAAGUGUAACCAUUGUAGAGUGCGGUGCCGUUUGAGUAAGUGUUGCUUCCGUGUUACCGAACGUGUGUCUUAGGGGAUGAUAUCCUUAUGACGUAGCCCAUUUCAUGCAUUUGCUGGCUUUGUGAUUUUUUCCAUGAACAAAAUUGUAUACCUUGAAAGAAAUGAUGAUGUUAUUGCUCCGGCAUGAAUCCCGGUUAUGAUUACAUCGUGUGGCAACAAGAAAAAGGCACUAUUUAAGCAUAACAGUCCCAAUUAGUCCAGCAACAGCAAAAACCGAUUCAUUUCUUCCCUCUUCCCCAUUUUGUUUAUCUUUAUGCAUUUUUUGUGUCUUUGACUUUUCUUUGCUUCCCUCUCUAAUGGGUUAAAACGAUGA